UGAUUUUAGAUUUAUUUUUCUUCUGAUGUGUAAAUAUAGUAUAGUUUCUGAAAAUGUCAAGCUUUUUUGCUUGGUAGUCUUUCCUAUUCCUCUUUACUGUUGACCCGUUUUCACCAGUGAGCAAACUAAACCCUGACUUAAAACAGCUCUAUUGUUUGUAUAAAUGUUCUUGUACUCAGAACUACAGUCAGACCAGUAGCUGUUUUCCACACCAGCAGGUUAAAGAUGUUGGCAAAUGCAGGAAGUGAAAUUCCUGUUGACUAAUGUUCAGGGUAACAACAGAGAACCUCCAGUGUACCUUUUCACAGCGAACACAUUUGCACGGAGGAUGGCUGGAGUUGUUCACAUUGGGAUGAGGCUGCUAUUGUUAUCUUUCAUCACAAAAGGUGUAAAUGGAGAAGAUGGUCUGAUAUUUGCCCAACGGGCUUAUUCUAUUACAUUUCCAUGUGAGGAAGAUUUAGUCUGCUUUCAUGUAUGGCAGCUCAGCACGAGCCAAACAAGUGAUUACAUUGCCAUAGUCAGUAAUGGAGAAAUCCAGACAGCUACGUCAGUGGAUAAGGACUCAAAAUGCACUCUGCAAAUCAAAGAUCUCACAGCGGAAGAUGUUGGACGUCAUCGCUGCCAACAAAGGCCAGAUGUUUUCUCUCCUCACAAUACCAGCCCAGAGGUAAAGCUCAUGCCUGGCAAAACAGUAUCACUGCAGUGUAUUCUCCUCACUUUCGUAGAGGAGGGACAUUGCAGAGCACAGCUACACCAGGUUAGCCUGACGUGGGUGGAUGAAGCCGGCACUGAGAUACACAAGGACUCACAACAUCAGAUAAAACAGGAGUCUUUGUGUGCUGUAACUCUGACUCUCACCCUUCAAAGACCUGAAAACAAGACGUUUAGGUGCCAGGCGACUGUAGGUGAACAAGUCCAGACUUCAGUGGAGUUUCGGGUCAGAGUCCCAGCUCUUAAAGGGAGGGGAAGAGGAUUCAUCAUAGACCUAGAACCCGAAAAUCAAGGUGGCAGUGGCAACCAGGACAUGAUGGGCGCCGCUGUGUGGGUGGUGGGAUGUGUGGUUGUGACAGCGUUGGUUGCAUUGUUUGUUGUGAACAGAAGAAGAACAAGCAGCCAGGUGCCAGAUGAGUCUUGUUACACGGCCAGUACCAACAAUGUUAUGAAUGCAGACGAUGUGAUCUACGCUGACAUUAUCCUCCCCGCUGGCCCUGACAGAGUGUGGGUCGAUGAGUGCGAGUCCACUGAAUACGCCAGUGUCCGAUACAAAUAGUCUGCUGUCCAAACUACAAAUUGUAGUAUAUCUCUUCUUUGUUUGUGAGCUCCAACUGUGCUACUGCCAUGUGUUUUAAUACUGUGAAUUGCUCCAUACCAAAUCCUUGUAC